AUGUCGGUCUUGAGGACACUCGUCCUCCUUCCCCUGGCUGCCUCCUGCGGCUGGGCGUCAGACUGCUCCUACUCGGCUCUGCUCGGCCACUUGAAUCUGAGCUCCUCCAAUGACUUCCUGGCCAACGUCAGGCCCGUCAAGGACUGGAAGCGGGCCACCGAAGUACAGCUGGACAUGGUGGUCUACGGCAUCUUGCAGGUGGUGGCCGGUUUUCGGGGCGCCUCGGUGGGUCCGGCGGAGCGCCCUGGGGCCCUCGCUGUGGGACGUGUGGCUGCUCUCAGGGUGGACUCCUGGGCCCGACCCCGCCUUUUGAUUGUGUGGGUGGGCUCCUCAGCCUCCGCGGACGAGAAGCUUCAAACCUUCACAAGCCAUGUGUGGAUUGGAACGGUGUGGAAAAGCGAUUUCCUCACGUGGGAGCCGUCUGAUUUCUGCGGCAUCACCCACUUCUCUAUUUCCAGGUCCAAGCUGUGGACGCCUGACAUAGGCAUUGAAGAGGAUGCCUCUGACAGCGGGAGCAUCCAGAAGAGUUCCUAUUUGACGGUGUACGCCAACGGGAUGCUGCAGAUGAGCGCCCGUCAACGGCUGACGUCCACGUGCACCCUCAACCUUUUCAACUUCCCCUUCGACCGGCAGACCUGCUCCAUCACCUUCAGCCCCAUGAACACUGACGAUCAGGCCGUACAUCUCGGGACCUUCAGGGGCGAUGAAUUCAUCACCAACGUCUCGGAGCAGUCCAUGGUGACUCGUGGGGAGUGGAGCCUGACGAAAUUGGAAAUCAUCACAAACGUGUCCGGCAAAGGCAUGCCGAGAAUGAGUACGCUGAUUUACAAGGUGAAGAUCGAGCGCAAGCCGAUGCUCUACGUGAUUAUCUUCAUCGUUCCGCUCUUCUUCCUGCUGGUCCUGGACGUGGCGUCCUUCUUCAUCGACGAGGGCCGUGGCGAGAAGUUGAGCUUCAAGAUCACCGUCCUGCUGUCCAUAUCCGUUCUGCUGCUCAUCCUCAAGGACAUGCUGCCAUCCACUGAGGACAACCUGCCCCUCAUUGCCAACUUCUGCAUGGGUGUGUUUGCCCUGGUGGGCCUCAGUGUGCUGGAGGCCAUGAUGCUCAGCUUCCUCAUUGACCUGGAUGACAAGACGGCAAAGAAGCCGGCAGGAGCGUCCGACAGGGAGGUUCGCUCAGACAAACAGGAGAAGAAAGAUCCCGUGAAGGAGAAGGCGGAAGGUUUGCCCGUUCCAUUUGGGCCUCCGUCAGAGCACGAGCAGCUGAGACUUUUCCUGCAGGAGGUUCGUGCGGCUCAGCAGGAAGUGCCGAGUGUCGCUGCCGCGCCGAGGCCUAAACGCUUCCGAAGAGUGGCGGAAAUCAUCGACGUCGUCUUCUUCAUUCUUUACAUUUGCGCCGUUGUGACAUUUCUGGUGGUUAUGUUUGACAGGUGGAUUCCGCCCGACUUUUUCAGCUAAGAUCUGAAGAGCUCACACAAUUCAAACACACACAAGGUCGUGAUUUAAGAAAAUUAAGCUCUUUUGUUCCGUAAUUUUACUGACCAAUUUUCCAACAUUUUAAGUUUUUCCAUUUUACAGAUUUUCCGUAAUAACCGGGCGCUGAUAUGGUGUGCAACAAUGGCAACCCAA